ACAAGCAGAUAUUUAUUUGGAUCUUAUUACACUAAUCUGACAUUUUCACAUCGGUGUUAAGCCUUUCUUUGCUGGAGGAAGGAAUUGUGCCACAUUGGACCUCUCUGAUGCGCGUCAAGGGACGACACGCGAGGUUCAGCCUUUUCCUGAAUGCUUGUCCUCGCAUGGCAUAGGCGAAAUAUAAACAUCUGGUGUGUGUGAAUGUUUAGAACUACGUUAAUCAACCGUACAGGCUUGCAGUUGGUGUGUGGAGAACAAAUGACCAUAAGGCGUCCACCUCGCAGCGCGCACAAAUCCAUGUGAUGUGGAUCUGUCACACUUUGUCAAGCUUGUAUAUGGCUGAAGCUGGAGAUUUUCAACCGAUAGGACACAAUUUGAGGAUUUGAAAGUUUUUUAUUAUUAUUGUUUGUGUCUCGACGGACUCUUUCUGUACCAAUGAUGACUGAGAACAAUGAGAUGGAGAGCGACUCGCAGCUUCAGCGCUCUCCAAGCACCAUGUCCAUCCAACCGAUGACAUCCAAGCUCCAGAGACUAAAACGCUCACUGUCUUUCAAGACCAUGAUGCGUAGUAAGAGUGUGGAGAACUUCUUCCAAAGGUCGUACAGCGACGCUCGCCUACCCCCGGAUUUCAUCACAGACCCGCCGCCUCCCUCUCCUCCAAUGCUGCCUGGCUCUCCUCUCGUCGGCGACCGCUCACCGUCCAUUUCACCGUCUCUCAGCCCCAACCCCUCUAUCUCCUCCCACUCCCCCUCUCUCAGCCUUUCCCCAUCACUGCCCAUCAAGCCUUCCCGACCUCAGAUCACCCACUGUUUCCAGGACCAUGUCUUUCGCAAGUCCAACAACUGCGAGCACUGCAAGCACAUGAUAGUGGGAAACUCCAAACAAGCUCUUCGGUGUAAAACGUGCAAGAUGGCCGCUCACCUGUGGUGCACCUCGGAACUAUCGCAGCAGCCGUGUCAUGGGAAGCCUGGAGCGUUCAAGCGAAACUUCAGCUCGCCCAUGCUCGUCAAUGACCAACUGGCUGUCGUCAAGGAAGUCCAGCCAAGCCAAGAGGCUACGCGGAUGCGUGUAGACCCCGUGUAUGCCGCCUUGCGCUACGGGACGUCCUUGGCACAGAUGAGCCGCUCCAGUUUUGGCAGUUUGUCAGAGUCACCAACACACAACCUGGAGGAGGGAGGUGAGGAGAUGCAGCAGAGACAGUGCAGCAUGGAGGAGGAGAUAACUCAGGAGACAGGGGACACCCCUGUCCCUGACACGGAGAUUGAGAAGGAAGAAGACGCGAGCAGUGGCCAAGCUCAGACGCCUACAGAGGUGCCCAAGCGUAUCGAAGUUCACUCCAUCCACACCUAUGUAGCGCUCUACAAGUUUCUGCCUCAGGAACAGAAUGACCUGGAACUGCAUCCGGGUGAUAGGGUGCAGGUCACUGAUGACUCUAAUGAGGAGUGGUGGAAGGGUAAGAGCGGUGACAGAGUCGGCUUCUUCCCUGCCAACUUUGUGCAGAGGGUCAGGCCUGGAGAGAGAGUGUGGCGAGUCGUCCAGGGCGCUUCCGGCAACCGAGAUAGAGGACACAUGGCCGUGAGGGAAUCCCAGAUCUGUGUGGGGAAGCGAGAAGACGGCGAGGUGUUCCUGAAGCUGAGCAGCGGGAAGAAGAGAGGGCUUGUCCCGGCCGACUCCAUCGAGGAGAUCUGAACCUCUGCGCGCACAUCACCAUCCUUCCUCUUCCUCUCCCUCCUGGGACGCACCCAUCUUCAAACUAUCACCAUCAACCCCUCCCCCCCUUACCUCCCCUCAGCCGCAGCCUCUCCAACCAGUCCUGACUGACUUAAACCAAACACAGAUAAACUGGACACACACCCGCAAAGAGCUGGAACCACAGCCCAGUUGGGUUCCCACAAUGAAAACAUGGUUUCCAGUUGAAUUGGUUUACUGUAAGUCUUCAGUAGAGUGUGCAGUUAUACAGUAGUCCUGCUCUUAGAAGGGAGAUGUUUUUCAGCAUCCUAGUGUUCCUGUAGGUUUAUCUUUCAAAUACAAAAAUGUAUGUUUCUAUCUAAGUCAAAAAUGCUUUAAAUAUGUUUGCUGGAUGCCGGUUCAGAUUUUGUUUUUCCUCAUCAAAAAAAUGUCUUGUCUACCAACUUGGGAGGAGGCUGAGUCCUGUCAUGAUAACAUGAUGCCUCUGUCAGUGUCCUUUUCUUGUUUCUACCCACUCCAUGUGUCUCAUACCUAUCUGCUCAUGUCAGAGUCUCUGUCCUGGGGACUGAUAUCAGCUUUGUGCAGACUGGUACAGACAACAUGAGGCACUCGCCAAGGACGACCACUGCCAGCCAUAGAAAGCGACUGCCAUUCAGAAAGACAAGAGAAUCAGAUGAAAGGGGGUACACACGCGAUACGAAAAUCCUCAGCAGCGUCAGGCUGAGUAAUAACUGCACGCGCCAACUUCUGUGCAGAAAUGAGAAGAUUUUCAAAGGAAUAUUGGAGGCUGUGAUGAUUUCUUUUCACAGGAAACUCCGAAACUUUUUCCCCUGACUUUUUUAGUAUAAAAUAACAAUGAAAAUAUAGAGCAAAAAAAAAAAUGCAUCUUUUAAUUUGUGGUAAGAAAGCAUAAAUCAACUGGUGGAAAAUUUGAAAAAAAAAAAGAUCCUGUCCUUUUUGUUUUGGUUAAUGACAUAUCCAUGGCUUAAUAAAUGUUGGUGUAAUGUCUCAUGUUGACUGCUAAGAAAAA